AUGGCACCUCUCCACCGCUGCGUGCCGGCACUGCGCCAGAUCAAGGCCGCCAACUUCGCCUUCAAUCGUGCCGCCAUCGCCCGCACUGCUCCCCGCGCCGUCUUUGCUGGUCAGAGACGCUUCGAGAGCUCAAAGAACGAACCCACCACUUCCGCCUCAUCAGAGCCCCACCAACCUCACCCGGACACUGGAGCAAAGGGCCCCGAGGCUCCUGCACGUAGAAUUAAAUACACCUCCGAAUCAUAUCCCGACCUUAAGAGAGACCCGAAGUUUGCCGAGCUCACCACUGAGCACGUUCAAUGGUUCAAGGAUCUGCUAGGUAAUGAGUCUGCCGUCCUCGAUGGUGUCUCUCAAGAUGCUUCCGAAGACAUUGAGCCUUACAAUGCCGACUGGAUGCGCAAGUACAAGGGUCACACCAAGCUGGUCGUCAAGCCCGGAAACACCGAGGAGGUCAGCAAAAUCUUGAAGUACUGCAACGACAACAUGCUGGCCGUCGUCCCUCAAGGUGGUAACACUGGUCUCGUCGGUGGAAGUGUUCCUGUCUUUGAUGAAAUUGUCGUCAAUCUGGCCCGCCUGAACCAGAUCCGCAGCUUCGAUGACGUCUCGGGUAUCCUGGUAGCCGACGCUGGUGUCAUUCUCGAGGUCGCCGACAACUACCUUGCCGAGAGAAAGCACAUCUUCCCUCUGGAUCUGGGUGCANAGGGCUCGUGCCAGAUUGGUGGCAACGUAGCAACCAAUGCUGGCGGUCUUCGUCUCUUGCGUUAUGGUAGCUUGCACGGCAAUGUUCUCGGUAUCGAGGCUGUCCUUCCUGACGGCACCAUCAUCAACAACCUGUCUAAGCUGCGCAAGGACAACACCGGAUACGACAUCAAGCAAUUGUUCAUUGGUGCCGAAGGUACUAUCGGUAUGAUCACUGCCAUCUCCAUUCUCUGCCCUCAACGCAGUCAGGCCACAAACGUUGCAUACUUCGGUCUCGAGUCUUUCGAGAAGGUUCAACAGGCUUUCGCUGAGGCAAAGGGCAUGCUUGGCGAGAUUCUCUCUGCUUUCGAGCUUAUGGACGGUCGCAGUCAAAAUCUUUACAAGACUGCCAGCGGUAACAGCCUGCCUCUUGAAAAUGAACACCCUUUCUACUGCCUUGUCGAGACUUCUGGCAGUAACAGCGACCACGAUCAAGAAAAGCUUGAGAGCUUCCUUGAGCACGUCAUGGGUGAGGAGAUUGUUAGCGAUGGUGUCGUUGCUCAGGAUCAAACUCAAAGCCGUGAGCUCUGGGGAUGCAGAGAAGGCGUUCCCGAGCACCUCGGUCACUGGGGUGGUGUCUACAAAUACGACUUGUCGAUCCCUAUCAGUGAGAUGUAUGCUCUGGUCGAGGAGACCCGCGCGAGAAUGGAGAAGGCUGGCCUCAUUGGUGACACUGAUGACUUCCCAGUCGUUGAUGUUGUUGGAUAUGGUCACAUGGGUGAUGCCAACCUCCACCUCAACGUGCCCACACGCCGCUACGACAAAGCUGUCGAGAAGGAGCUCGAGCCCUUCGUCUACGAGUGGGUUGCUAAGCGCAAUGGCAGUAUCAGUGCUGAGCACGGUCUGGGUAUUGCCAAGGCACCUUUCAUUGGUUACAGCCGUGAUGAGACCAUGAUCAAGCUUAUGCGCCAGAUCAAGGAUCUCUAUGAUCNNCCGUAA